ACGAGCAGCGCCAUUCGCAGCACCGAACUAUAACUCGUAACUGGCGGCUAAGAAUUGUGCUGUUCACUGAUGAAGCAGACUGCGAUACUUGCGAGUCGCGGCUGAUCUACUUCAACCUACGCGGCCGGGGCGAGCUGAUUCGUCUUGUCUUCGCCACCGGCGGCCUCAAGCUUGAGCAAGUGCGGAUGGACCUAGGCGACUGGACCAAAAUGAAGCCUCUUAUGAAGACGGGUCAAGUGCCCACGCUGGAGGUGACCAAGUCGAAUGGUGAGAUUGAACAACUCUCGGAGAGCGGCGCGAUCGUUCGGGCGCUGGCGCGUAUGCUCGGCAUGAUGGGCGACUCCGAUCGCGACUAUUACAACAUCGAAAAGGCGUUGGGACAGAAGUAA